GUGUCCCCUGAAGGGCAAAUGUGCGACCAGAUGUCCAAGCUGCAUGAAUCUAUGAACACGUGCACCAAGGAGCUGACGUACAGUUUGCUGUCUUUCCAAUGGAUGCUUCGCGACAUGAUAAAUUCCGGGAUACAGGGGACCCGCGCGGCCGUCGCGAGACGGGAAAUGGAAUCGAUCCUGGUGAAAGCCAGCAGGCAGUUGGUGUACUCGAUCAACACAACGCUGAACAUCAUUGUCAGGAGGUCGACCAUGGACGUUCUAAAGUCCAUGGCGGUGUUGAAACUGUGCAAGGAUUUGCCGCACGGCUUGAAGCAGAUCCAGAAUUCGUUGCAGGACCUCCCGGAAUCCAUCAACGGGGUCCUCGAAAAGGGGCACGAACAAGAGUACUUCUUCGAGGAAUGGGAGAUGCUGAGGUACAAGGCGACCAAUGUGCCCUGGCGAUCCCAGCG